AUAGAUUUGUACAAUAUUAGCGAGAUAACGAGAAUUUCCCAAUUUCUGUUAAAAUUCUAAAAAACAUGCUAAUUCCAAAGACAAGAAAAAGACUGCACUUUACAAUAGAUUCUAGAAAAUCUUUAACUGAUAAUUAUCUGUUCUAUAUUGUCUAUUAUUAAUUUUUGGGAAGCCUAUGUGUUCGCUGCCAUUUUCUAUUCGAUAAAUUGGAAGGAAAUUAAUUUGGGAGAACAAAAAGGUGUGUGCAUACCUACAAACUGCCGCAGGUUAUGCGAAGAGGCUCGUAUAAGUAUGUCCUCUUACCGCGGCGAGGGCGCCUGGGACGGCGGGCCGCCGGGCGCCGAGGCGGACUACGCGCCGGCGCCCGCUCCCCCUGCGCCGCCCGCGCCCACCACCGACCCCUGGACCGGGGUGAGCUACAGCCACUACCCGCAGCAGUACGACUACCAGGGCUACGGCGCCUCCUCGUACAGUUAUAACUACGACUCCAGCUACUACCAGCGCUCCGACGCGGGCUACUACGACAGCGCAGCCGCCGCCUACCCGCCGGCCGCGCCCGAAGCCUACGACUACGCCCGACCGGCCGAAGGGUCGCGCUCCCCGCAUGCUUCACGCGACUAUGACCGUCAUCGCUCUUACAGGUCAAAGUCGAGAAGUGCUUCCCCAUACGACAGAAAGCGUGAAUAUUCUAAAAAAAGAGAUGCCAGCUAUGAAGACAGUCGGUGGCGCAGGUCCCGGAGUGCCUCUAAACGCAAAUAUUCUAAAUAUUCUUCCAGCGAACGCUCCAGCUAUAAGUCCAGAUCAUAUUCCAGAUCCCCUAAGAAAAUAAAAAAGGAACGUAGGACGUCGUCUGGUUCAUCUGAAAGGUCAUACAAUAAAACAGGAGCUGGUAGGACUCACCAUUCUCAGACUCCACCAAUAAAAAGUAGAUCAUCCAGAUCCAAUAACGAAGAUAGAGUGCGAAGUCCUGCUGUAAAAUACAGACAUGACAAGGAUCUCAAAAGUAAAGUAAAGUCUGACUCGUACUCGAGAGAUAAGAGAGAACGAGAUGUUUUCACUCCACCUCGGAAAGAUGCAGUUGAUUCAACAAAAAAUCGGAAGAGAUCUGACAAAUCUGUCACUCCUCCUGUUGUUUACAAAAGAUCAGAGAGAUCUCCACAGAGGAAAAAGAAUUACAAAGAUCUAAAGUCUGGCACGCCACCGAGGAAACCUAGAGAUAGCUCUGUUACACCUCCGAGGUGCUAUGCUCGUAGUCGCUCAUCCUCCAGAUCACUGACGCCGAAGAUAAAACGUAAAGUGUCGCGGAGCCCAAAGUCGCGCCGCAAGAGAUCUAUGUCUUCCAGCUCGUCGUCUGCCUCUUCGGCGAGCUCGCGCUCUAAACGUCGCGCCAGGCGCAAAUCAGGCUCUGAAAACGAAUCUCGAAGUAAAAGUCGAUCAAAGGGACGAUCGCCCAGCAAGAGAAGGUCCAGCUCUCGACGCCGGUCCGUGAGGCGAUCGAGAAGCCCUAAAGCGUCAAGGUCACGAUCGCGGUCACACAGCUCCAAAAGCCGCAGUGGCACGCCCAGUGAAGAGGAAUGUCGAGGACAGUUCACUGUGGCCGACAGAAAAAGAUUUUGGAAAAUGCAUAAAAGUAGACAAGAAGCUGAAAAGCCAAAAACUCCACCCAAGGAGAUGAAACCUCCCCCUGGGGCUGUUGAAACUAGUAACGCUGUGGAUAUUGAGUAUGGUGAUCCCCCUGAGGUGGUGGGACCAAAUUUUGAUGAGCUGCUCCAACAGCCUGAUAUUCUGCAUGCUCCUUCAUCAUCAAAAUUGAAACCUGGCCCAAUACCUAUAAAAAAUGAUGGAAGUUUUCUGGAAAUGUUCAAGAAAAUGCAGGAGCAGACUAAGAAAGUGGAAGAAAGUCAAGCAAAACCUGUAAUUAAAAAGCCAGUGUUACCUUUCAUUGGUAAAAGGCGAGGAGGGAGGGUUCUUAAGACUGGUAUGGUGAAGAAGGCCAAGGCAAUUGAUGAACAAACAGUGGACAACACUCCCAAAGAUGCAUGGUCUCUCUACAUGCAAGAAGUGAAAAAAUACAGAGAAACGUCUUGCGAAGAAGAAAGGAAGACUAGGCCGCUCGUCAAAUAGCCAUUAUCAUAAGAUUGUAUUCUGCAUUUAGCAGUUUUGACUGUUAUUUUUGUAUUGUCAUGUGUAAUAUGUAUCCUAUUUUAUUUCUGUUGACUCACUCAUUCAUUGCAUUAACAAAUGAAAGGCAAUAAAGAAGUUAUAAGGAUGA